UACAACGUUGUGGUCAAGAAACUGACUCUCUUUUCUUCUUUUACUCUAGUUGAAUGGGUUGCUGCAGUCUCCUUAGCUGCUGGAGCAGCUGCUGUUGGAUAUCUAGCUUACAGAAAGUUUCUCUCUAAAGACAAAUGCUGCAAAGCAAUGGUAAAUCUCCAUAUCCAGAAAGAUAACCCCAAGGUAGUCCAUGCAUUUGAUAUGGAAGAUUUGGGAGACAAGGCUGUGUACUGUCGUUGCUGGAGGUCUAAGAAGUUCCCCCUGUGUGAUGGCUCUCACACAAAGCACAAUGACGAAACUGGUGACAAUGUUGGACCUCUGAUCAUCAAGAGGAAGGAGGCGUAGAGUGGACAGUGGAAGCUGCAAAAUGAAUGUCUGACAAAUCCUCUGCUCACUUGUAAUUGGGGGGAAAAACACUUCUUUGUCAUGUCACUGAAGACUUCCCAGUGUAGUAUAUACAUCAGACUUCAGCAUGUGUGGUUUUUCUGGUGUGUGUCUUGUUUUAAUCACUACAAUGUAUAAUUUACUAAAUAGUCAUGGUUUAAAUUUUUUUGUCCUGUAAAGUGUGUGUACCUUUUCAUUAAAUAAGAAACUGAAAUGACGGAUAGAAUGUACUUCAGCCGAUGUGCAGAAAAUAAUAUAUUAAAUUAUUUUCAAAUACCUGUGUACUGCUUUGAGGCAAUUCAGUAGCAAGUAUAUUCAGAAGGUAGAUCUUGAUAUUGAGAGGCUUGAAAGUCACAGGUGCAGGUAGACUUCUACUGAAAAGACGACAGCAGGAAAGAAAUCAUGGUGCCAAAAUGCAGCUUAACUUCUGAUUACACUGCGUUUUCUGCAUGUGUCAAGUUUCUUCUGUCAGGCUACAGUUCAGUGUUGCUUCUGUAAAAGAACAAAUUUAAAACAGUUAACUAUGAACAGACCAACAUAAAAAGCUUAUGGCAAGAUGGGGCUAAAGGGCAACUUUACCUUUGAUCUUACAGCAGUGUUGAAACUUGACCCUACUACCUACCAUAUGGUAUCAAGAACAUAUUAGUCAAACUGUGGAACUGUAUGUAGAGUAGGAUUAAGAAGAUGGUGUCUGGGAGAGCUUUCUUAAUAUAUAGGGGGAAUGAUACAAAGUGCUGAAGGAGUAGUGGGCAGCCUGUGGCAGGGUUGUGUUUGCUACUAGAAACCCUUAGUUUCACUUGCAGUCCCUAGCAGUGGAACUAACUUCCCCAGGACGCUUCUCCGGGGAGGCUAGGCUGCAUCAAUCCAAAAGUGAAAUAAAAACGGAAAAAACCCAACCGCCAUUACUGUCUGCUUCAUCUUCACUCUGGCUGGUUCCGGAGGACCCCUCCCUCUGCACAGAGAAGAGGCGCACCCUUCUUACUGAGUGGCCUUAGGCUCUACGUGUCUUAAAUAGUUCCUGCCUCCCUGGGCUAACUGUUGAUCAGCUCAUCUUACCAAAAGAACCAAAAUGGACAAGGAAAGGGGAAAAGGAGGGAUGAGACAAGGAGAGCUCUCAUCCUCCAUUUGCAUGGCACUUGUCUGCCUCGCUUAACACUGCCACGCGUACUGCAAAAAUGAGAUGGCCGUAACAUUGGUUUCCUUACAUACCUUUGAUUUAUCAACAUACAAACAGCUACGAAGCAAAAUCCAAAGAGUAGGGUGGCAGAGAGCAGUUGCAUAUUAAAUCCAGUCCACUAGUGUAAUUGCACCUUAUGUAAGACUGAGCUUUCAGUGUCCAGGGAGAGGGAGACUACCUCAGAGCUAGAGGAGAGGCCUUUCAAUAAGCUGAACCCUUAAAGGUCCUUCCAGAUGACAGGGGUACUAGAGGAUUUUUUUUUUCCCCAAGGUGAGAGUUGGUAUGACUGGUUGAGAUUGAAUAAAGUGUUUUGCAUGUUCUCCUAGACGUGGGAUGUUUAGAGGCUGAGGUCGUAGCUGGCUGGUCUGAACUUUGGUAAAAGGCACAGAAAGUAGGGGAAAGUAGGUUUGCAGCUGAAAUAUUUGGGGGGGGGGCAACUACUGUUUAUGGGAGACCUCUGCUAGAAAGAAGUUGCAAACAAAUAUAUUUAGUUUCUAUCUUCUCUUCCUGUCUUGACUGUAAAGGUACUUGAUAUUUUUUACUUGGCCAAGUAGUGAUAUGUAUGGAAAGUUGUUUUAACCUUAAAUUAUCAAAUAAGUUGGUUUUAUCCAAAACAAGUUAUUUCUGUAUUACUAGAAUAUGACACUGGAUGUUUCUGUAUUUUUGUCAAAUACACUCUUGAGCUCAUCUUAACCUUGAGGUUGUAAUGUCUCUGUUAUCUUGUGGGUGUGCUGUUCCAUUCAAAGGAGACUUACACUGCAAGUAGUGUUGUACCCCAAUACUGCUGUAAUCCAUAAACCUGUGUUUGGGUUAGGUUUUCCUUCUGAGACUUCUGUUCCUGUUAGUAAAGUCUGGCUGCUGUUGAAGGAAUAAAAGUGCAUUGCAACUUG